UAUAAGCCACUUGCAUCAUUAUCAAUUCGUAAACAUUAGGUUUGUUCCAAUGGUAAACUUUAAUAGAUGUCUAGUACCUGGGGAUCCCUCAUUCACUCUCCUGGAUGUUACAACUGACAAAAGUUAUAGCCAUCCGAAAAGUUUUCAACAUUAUCAAGGAGAACCUUCACAAAAAAAUUGCUCGCUGGUGAAGAGCGUUAUGUGCAAACGUUCGGGAACGUCACUUACUAUACCUUGCAUGAGGUUCCACUGCAUUCAUGCACCGAUGGAUUUUCAUACGUCAUACCGGGCCCAGUGUAAACGAUUUGGUCCAUCCCCAAAAUCCCCAUAACCACAACCAAAUUAGUUCAUCUUGAUCACAUCGAGAUGACUGACGAGAAGACUUCUAGAGCAGGAUUCCUCGGUUUGAGUUAAAGUAAUCACAGGGCGCUUUCUUUAACGCUGGAAUGAUCCUAAAAUGAGGAGGCAUAAGGAUGAUGGGAACAUUGGGAUUAAGGAGAUUAUACUCCAUUCGGUGAUAGUUCAUCUGUUUCCCUCUUCUUUUGCGGUCAUACAUAGCACCCCUUAAUUAGUUUCGCGGAAUUGUGGUGAGCCGAGUCCGCCAAGGCUCUUUUAGCCACGCUACUUUAAAAUGAAGAUAUACUCUUACAUGCAACACAACGCAUCCAGAGAUAUUGCUUCUGGCCUCUGAGAUUGAGCAGUAAAUGGAGAGAACACCUCAAAUACUAGUUUUUGCUCCCGUCAGACGUGGGAUUCAGUGUUAAGAAGAUGUUACCCACCAGUCGAUGGAAGGGCGCGAGUGCCAAGAAUUCAAGAUACCUCUGUUCAAAUAUGCAAUUCCUUACUCUUCUACUUUCAGUCAGUUAAAAGGCGCGUGUUUGAAUAUGUUUAUGAAACGAAACAUAUAAAAUGAAGAGAAAUAGAAAACUACCUGCGAAUAUCCCAGCAUCAUCAUCAAUUCAUCCCGGGAUCUCAAGACUAUUUUCAACAUGAAGCCUGCAACCACUCGCAAAACAGCACUUAUCUUGGUCGAUGUUCAAAAUGCCUUUCUCCACCCUACAGCUUUUGGUGAUCUUACUAAACGUAGCACGCCAAAGUGCGAGGAGAAUAUAGAAAUACUGCUCAAGCAGGCCAGAGAGUUCAACGAAAAGUUACCAGCAGCAAGCAUCUCUUCAUCUGUCCUCAUCUGUCAUGUGCAGCAUCACAGUAUCAAUCCAAAUUCUCUACUACAUCCCAUAAAACAGAUAGAGAUUGAUGGGAAAUCAGUACCAGCCGUCCAACCUCAGAAAUUCGCAGCUCCUCGUUUUAACGAGAGAGUCUGGAUAAAGAAUGUCAACUCGGCAUUUGUUGGAAUGGGCUUAGAGAACUUUCUGAGAAAUAACGACGUAAGACAAUUGAUUAUCUGUGGUUUGACUACAGAUCACUGCAUCAGCACUUCGACACGUACGGCGAAUAAUCUGAGAAUCGUUGAUAUUGUGAAGAAUGGAGCACUCGUGGAUGAGGGGGAUAUUGUAUUAGUGGGAGAUGCGUGUGCAACUUUUGCAAGAGGGGGAAUAGACGCUGAGACGAUUCAUCAAGUUAACCUUGUUAGCUUGGAUGAGGAGUUUGCGCAAGUACGAGAGACGCUGAAUGUUAUUAAAACUGUUUUCGUCAAGUUCUGACGAGAGGUCUUGUUAUAGCGAGUGAAGUUAUAUCUUCAUGUUCACUUUCAUUCCAAUGUGAAAACAAAUAUGUAAAUACAAUAUAAAUAUAGAUUCGGGAAGCUCAAAGAA